AUGUUGGCAUUAUUAUUGUUUUUCACAAUAGCAGCAGGAGUAUUUGCUUCUCCAAUUGAUAAUACAUGGAGGAAACCAGCAAGAUAUCUCCUCCAGCUGAAAAAUCCCAUGACUAUGGAAUCGUUAUGUCUUCAAGAUGACAAAGUACAAAGUGCAAAUCAUGUAAGGUCCGGAAUUAGAAAAGUCUUUUCUUUCGGCCAAUUUGAAGGGAUGGUAGGAGAGUUCACAAAAGAUGUUAUUCAAAGAUUGGCAGACAAUCCAUUGGUCGCAAGAAUCAGUCCCGAUAUCACUGUAAAAACAGCCGACUAUAGUACGCAAUAUAAUGCACCGAACCACUUAGUAAGAUUAUCACAAGAUGGACCCAUUGAGAAUGAUGAUGAUAACGAAUAUUUCUAUGAUUCCAAUCUGCUAGGACGUGGUGUCAACGUGUACAUAAUUGAUACGGGGGUGUUUGUUGAACAUCCUGAGUUUGAAGGAAGAGCCUUACUAGGACCAAAUUAUUCAAAUGAUGCAAGGCAUAUAGACUACGUCGGACAUGGAACACACGUCGCUGGUAUUGCAGCCUCAAAAACAUAUGGCGUAGCAAAAAAAGCACAAAUUAUAUCCAUCAAAACAUUGGAUCAUAAUGGACAAGGUUCCCUUUCAUCUGUUAUCGCAGGUCUUGAGUACGCAGUUAAUCAUAGAGCGGAGGCUGAAAAGCCAGGUGUUGCCAAUCUCUCGCUUGGAGCAGCAAGAAGCACAAUAUUAGAUGCAGCAAUUGAGGCGGCGGUUGAGUCCGGCCUACUAAUUAUAGCUGCAGCUGGAAAUAGCAACAUUGAUGCCUGUAGAACAUCACCGGCUGGUUCGACAAAUGCAAUAUCGGUUGGUGCCAUCAACGACGUUAAGGAUAAAAUUGCAAGCUUUUCAAAUUGGGGUCACUGUGUCGACAUCUUCUCCAGCGGUGUUGAUGUAAAAAGUGUCUCUAACAAUCCAUACGAUUUUGGACAAAGCAAACAAAUGUCAGGAACAUCAAUGGCAAGUCCAGUAGUCGCGGGUAUAGCUGCACAACUUCUAGGAAAUGGAACGUCAAUGAUUGAUAUUCGCGGUGAAAUCACCCGACUAGCUAUUUCUGGUUCUAUUCCGAGAACUAGCCUUCUUCUUCGCCCAGGAAGUCCUAACAAAAUUGCCAACACAGGAGUGCGUCAAUGGGAUGUUUACCAAAAAGCAAAGUCAAUUUCACACAACUCAACAUUGAUCAACGGAUACAAAAAAAUACAGGUUUCAGGCAAAGAAAUGGAACACGCACUAGCAGCCCUCCAAAAAUAG